GCUCCUGGACCGCAGCAGGACCCCGGUACCACAACCAGCCUCCGAACCGGAGGAGACGCCCAAUGAGGAAUAUCUGAAAAAAAAUCUGAUUUCUUUUUUUUUUAUUUUUAAGUUUGAUUAUUUAUUUAUUUAUUAUUCUUUUAUUUAUUCAUUUUUAUUUCAUCAACAUGAGUGUGAAAAGGAAAAAGGCUGGGCUGGUCAUCAGCUGGCAGAGAUCUUUCUCACUUCUGGCUCCUUGGAGAAAAGGGAAAGGAGACAGGAACUCAGUCCUGGACAGCGAUGUUGUGCUGACAAAAAUGAAGCUCUUAAACAACUUCAAUGAAAAGCUCCGGUCAGCAGAAGACGCCGUCUCCUCUCUCUGUGCAGCACCAGUUUCUGAACCCAAUGCUCCAGAGGCCUCAGAGGUGAACUCCCAUCCUGAAGACGGGUCUCGGAUGGAUUCUGGCACCGGAUACCUACCGGUGCCAGGCAUUUUCUCGGACUCCCAUCUCUCCAGGCUGUACAAGUUUGAAUCCGAGGACUCUGGAGUGGAACUGCCCAGCGGAGCCAACUCUCCGUCUACCCCCACAGGCUCAGAAAAGAGCUUUGCGGUCCACAGCCGAGAGUCCUCCUGUCACUCCUGCAACUUGGACUCUGACUCUACCUCCUCCCCCGAUGCGCGAGCUGCAAAGAACCAAAACUCCAAGGAGGCAAACGGCUUAAAGAACAGCACCAAUUCAACAGUGGAUGCCCAAGACGACGUGUUCACCGACAGAGACGACUUUGACCCUUCAGUUGCAACAGUAAAAAUGUACAUAAGUGAGGAAGUGGAUCAAAGGGACGCUGCAGGAUUUUCCUGUGAAGAUGUUUGCGACAGAUCCGAACGACGUGAUGAGAAAAUCUCUUCAGAUGACACCAAUGGCUCGGAGAGCGUAAAGCUCACGGACGAAUUCUCACCAGCACAAUGUGAGGACGAGACAGACGAGGACGUAAAGGCUGAGUCUCUGAGGACAAGUGGCUCCAGGGACAGUCUGGAGGACUACAUGGACACAUGCUGUAAGCUCAGUGAGGCCCAACAACAGAGAUCCAGUCGCCUGGGCUCGGGCGUGGGUUACCUGGAGCACAUCUGCCAGCUGCUCGAAAAAAUUGCUCGUCUGCAGGAGGUGAACCUUCGUCUGCAGAGGCAGGUCUGCAGCCUGCAGGGGGACAGCAGGAUGAGAAAAACCAAGGAGGAGUGUUUUCAGCGGUACUGCAGCUGUGGUUCUGCCACGUUGGCCUUCCAGAAUUGGCAGUCGAAAAGUGACUUUCUGUCUCCGAGUGGUACUUCCUCUGAUCUGUCCACCAUCCCGGAGGUCAGCUGGCUCCCGCUGCUGUCAGCCAGGAAAGGCACGAGUAGUGAGGAUUUGUCAGCCACCCCAGAAAGGAGGAGAAGCCAAAACCGAAGGAGCUACGCCGAGAGAGAGCCCCAUCUCUAUGGAGACCGCACAGAAGGGAGGAGUCCUCCGAUGGGCCGCCUCAGUGAAAACUACAUGUGGGGUCGAGUCAAAGACCUUGUGAGAAAAAGUAAAGGGAAGAACCAGAGUGGUCUGGGACUGACGUCGUCUUCGCUGAAGUUGUCUUGUCCUCAGCUCUACAGGCCUGAUGAAGAGCAAGCGAAAUGCCUGACCAGAAACAGGAACUCCAUGAUUGCCUUGGGCUACCAGAACAAACAAGAAGACAUCUCUUGGCUUUAGUAAGCAUCCGGAUCCAAAUGGGCUCACGCUGAGAAGAAGACAUCAGGGGGUUCUACUAAGAAACUCUGACAGCUUAAAGGAAAGAGAAGAAAAGCAAAGAAAAGAGAAGAGGAGUGUGAAAACAGAAGAUAGGAGAAUGUUGAAAGAGAUGACUCUGGGACAAUGACAUCAGAGUGUGUGUUAUACUCUGUCCAGAGAAAAGUCGGACGGUACCACCGCAUUGUGACAUAAUAUAUUUUCUGCAGAAUGUAGAGUUUUUACAUUCUAUUAUUGAAUCUAAGCUUAAAUAUCUUUAUAAUCUUUACAUUUGGUAUAUGGUAGAUACAUUACAGACAAAUGGCAGCUGUUUUUGUAUACAGUGCGUGCAUGCGAAGCGUUAUUAAAGGAUGUGGGGAAAGGAUUUUCUGUUGCGACGUUCCGACGUUCUCAAACAGGUCGGGAAGAGUCCAGAAACGUCUCAGAUAACAACCAGCUGCUAUUUUUUCCCCCUUAUGUAAUAUUUUCAGAAUGUCGACAAAUACAUCUUUAAAGGUUAUUCCAUGAUG